GUCUUGCGUGGCCUUCUGAUUCAAAAUGGCGCUCCCCGUGAGAUGUGUGGAAGAUCUGGAGAAACUUCAAGAACAACGAUUUGUGGCGGACGGAGUCCCAACAGCGAGUUCGAUUGAACAGGAGAGAGUGGAAGCAUCAGUUGGUGAACUCUUUGAAAGAUUCUCAAUUGAUUCAGAUGCUAAUCCAAACCCACUACUAUAUAAAGACAGACAUAUACAUUACUUAUUGAAAGGACUAAAGAAUCUGAGCGAGUCAUAUGAAUGUUUAGACGCCAGUAGACCCUGGCUUUGUUAUUGGAUUCUACACAGUUUAUAUCUGCUUGGAGAACAGAUAUCUGAAGAACAAUCCUCCAGGGUUGUACAAUUUCUUAAAAGAUGCCAAGAUCCAGAUGGUGGAUUUGCAGGGGGUCCAGGUCAAUGUCCUCAUCUAGCUCCAACAUACGCUGCCAUCAGUGCAUUGUGUACACUGGGGUCUCAGGAAGCUUAUGAUAUUAUUGACAGACCAAAAUUACAGCAAUUUUUACUAAGAAUGAAGACACCAGAAGGAGGGUUUAUGAUGCAUGAUGGAGGAGAGAUAGACAUCAGGGGUGCUUACUGUGCAGCAGUAUCAGCUUCAUUGACAAAUGUUGCUACAAAAGAGUUGUUUGAAGGAUCAUCUGAAUGGAUAUCUAGUUGUCAAACCUAUGAAGGUGGUUUUUCUGGUAUGCCUGGUAUGGAAGCUCAUGGUGGCUACUCAUUCUGUGGCUAUGCUGCGUUAGUCAUUUUAGGUCGUGAAAGACUGUGUGAUACCAAAAGUCUUCUGAGAUGGACAGUGAGUCGACAGAUGAGAUUCGAAGGUGGAUUUCAAGGUAGAACCAAUAAACUGGUAGAUGGAUGUUACUCUCUAUGGCAAGCUGGGGUUCUACCCUUAUUACACAUGGUACUCAGUAAACAAGGAGAUAAAACUCUGAGUGGUGACAACUGGAUGUUUGAUCAAGGUGCUUUACAGGAAUAUGUUCUCAUUUGUUGUCAGCAUUUUAGUGGUGGUCUAAUUGAUAAACCCGGAAAGUCACGUGAUCAUUACCAUACAUGUUACUGUCUAAGUGGUUUGUCUGUGGCUCAACAUUUUACUAGUGGGUCUUUAUGUCACGAAUCUGUCCUAGGUCAUGCUGAUAAUGAACUUAGACGGGUUCACCCAUUGUAUAACAUAGGACUGAAGGCUGCAUUGGAUGCUAAUAAAUAUUUCACUGCUUUACAAGUACCAGGCAGCAAAGACUAGACAUUGUCUAUGAUAUGUAAAUUGUAUGAACCAUGUAUUGUUACGAUAGAUUCUCCCAACACAAUGUAACAGAUCACAAUUGUAUAAUUGGUAUCACAUGACUUCAUAUUUAUAGAUGUAUUUCAUUUUAUUUAGUUGUGGAUAUGGUGCAUUUCUUGCUAGGUUGUCAGCACAGUCAACUUGUCUCUUAUUUAGUUUUAUGCUGCAUUCAAGAUGGUGACCCUAUAUAUAUAAAUAAAUAUUGUAUUUAUUUUAUUAUCACGUGUGUGCCAGCUGACUGUGGUUGUCAGUUGUCGUAUAGGCUGCCUGUUGUUCAGAUGGGACAUAUUGUUUCAUUUCACGUAACCUUGGAACUGAAAAAACUUGAUUGAAGUACAGUGAUACAGUGGUUGUUGGUGUAAACAUGUUGUCUCCUGAUGAAUGAAUGCAAUAGUUUAUAUAUUGUGUAGAAAAUACUCAUACAUUCAUACAAUUUAUAUCUUUAUUUUGAAGACAAUAAUUAUAUCAGGGUUUGGUCAGGGAUGUAGAAUUUCAUCGUAUAAUGCUAGUAAAUGUAUAUCAUGUAUAACAAGUAUAGGUAAUCACAUGGUUUAGUGUGUUCAUCAUUGUUAAAGCUACCGGUUCAGUAAGGUACACACGGCCCCAUGACUCUGCCUUAUGCUGCAAUGACCAUGUCAUGUUGAAAGUAUCAUUCUAACGUGUGUUUCUGCCAAAAACCUUCAUGCAAAUUCGUUUACAAGAUAUAAGCUAUAGCAGUUUAUGGAUUUACAAUAAUAGGCAUACAUGUAUGGCCUGAGCAGGGGGUCACAUGACAAAAGAGUGGUAUAAAUUGUGCUUAUUGGUCAUCUUUCAGUAUGGUGUAUGUUAAUUUAUAGAGUGACAGUUGUUACCCUGGGUCAUUUAUGAUUGACUUAAAUCAGUGAAAUAAAAUGUUAAUUUAAUACACAAAGGUUGAGCAUGCUGACCUACCCUCUAUUCAUCAUGCUUUCAGUCUAAUUAAUAAUUGUAACACCUCAAAACAAGCUCAUACUGUAAAUCGUUUCAUUUUCAUUGCUUAUAUUUUUUGUAAUUGCAUUCAUUGCAACAUUUUCAUUGUUGCUGCAUUUAUUUGACACUAUAUUUCACUGAUAACAAAAUUUUAUGAUUUUUCAAUGACUUGCUUAAUUCUCAAAAUUUUGUGUCGUGAAAUCAAACCACAAAGUUUUGAGAUACUUUUAAUUUGCAUAAUUAAUUCUGCUGCUGUAGCAAUAUUUUGAUAAUAAAAUUGAUGUUAUCAGUAA